AGCGCCAUUCGCCUCGGAUGGGUCUUACAGACAUUAUGACGACGCCGAAGUAUUUGUUCGUGGCAGUUUUCUGGAUUUUAAUGGCAAAUGGAGGCGCUGUGUGCCCAGACGGCUAUUGUCGGCACUCGGACGGGUGUUACCGGACCGUGGCCCUCAAUGUCACGUGGAUAGACGCAAGGGCGUACUGCGAGGUGUUGGGUGGGCAUCUCCUGUCCCCUGUAUCCCAUUCCAUGGCGGCUGCGGCAGAGGGCGCUCUACGUAGAAUGAAAGGCACCAUCUUCCCGGGUAAGUUCUGGCUGGACAUCACGGAUCUGUUGAACCCCAAGGACUGGAAGAGGAUGAGCGACAAGAAGGCGCUCAACUUCACGAAUUGGGACACCACUUCCGGUACUGGGGCCUCGGAAGAGGGAGCCCGAAACUGUGUGUACAUGUCAGAGUCUCUGAACUACAGAUGGGUGCCCGCAUCAUGUGUUGAGACGUUAAAUUUCCUCUGCUACCAUGCCGGCCUUCCACCAACAACAGAAAGAUACCCUAUUGGCAGCACUCGCGUCUACAAGAUACAGCAUGGAUAUCAUCAGUGGGUGAACGAGCAGAUGUAUGAAUACAAAGACGUCAGCCCAAAGGAUGUUGAUUGCUGAACAAUCAUGCCGAGCUUUGAGUUUUUAGAUUCUAAUAUAUCGACAUCGUCAGUAAUGAGUGAAUUAUAUAUAUGAUAUAUUGA